AUGGAACCCCUGGUAGCAUUCCGGAAAUUUGUCAUUCUUGCGAUUCGUCCCGCCGCUUACAGCCUCAUAUGUGUCUACCUCUUCCUCGUGCACCACCUCUCAAGGUACGGGUGGGAUCGACCGGCCGUCAAAGUCGCCCUGCUUGCCGCACCAUCUCUCACCGGCCUUGCGUGGCAAGCAGCCGUAGCCAUAAGCGUUCCAGAGCCCUAUCUAGACGAAGUCUUCCAUAUUCCUCAGGCGCAGAAGUACUGCGAGUCAAGAUGGCUCGAGUGGGACGACAAGAUCACAACGCCCCCUGGGCUAUAUGCCGUUAGUUUGCUGAUUCACAGAACCUUGUGGUUCAUGAAUGGGAAUUGCUCCGGGACUAGCCUUCGGAUGACGAACUGGGUGGCCAUAAUCGUCCUCAUCUUCACCGCGGCCGAUUGUCGACGGCUGAUCGAGACGAGAGUUGCCGAACGGGGCGAGCGCCGCCCCCGGCCGUCGUCCCUCAGCUUCCAUGCGAUCCAUACCGGCAUGAACACUGGCCUAUUCCCGCUCUUGUUCUUCUUCUCCGCACUGUACUACACCGACGUCUUCUCCACGCUCAUGGUACUUUUCGCCUUCCAAAAUCACUUGGAGCGAGUGAGCCCGAAAGGAACGCCGUGGCGGAACGACUUCUUCGUGGUGUUCCUCGGCGUUGCUUCUCUCUUCAUGAGGCAGACCAAUGUGUUCUGGGUCGUCGUUUUUCUGGGUGGUCUGGAAGCUGUCGAGGCUGCCAAAGCUGUGCCCGCUGCUAGGCCUCAGCCUCCGGGCCAGGGAGAUCUGAUGGCACACAUUAAAUACUUCGCUUGGAGGUCCUCACUGGGAGAUAUCCAUGAUCCCGCGUUGGACCAGGCUUCUUUGGACGAUGCGUUCUACUGCGUUGUGAGCAUCGCCAUUGCAGUCGUCUGUAAUCCGCUCCGGGUCGCCAAGCAGAUUUGGGCCCAUGUUACUGUCAUGGGUCUCUUCGUGGCAUUUGUCAUCUGGAACGGCAGUGUUGUCCUAGGAGACAAGACGAACCAUGUCGCGACAGUCCACUUUCCUCAGAUGCUUUACAUCUGGCCACUGUUCGCUUUCUUCUCCGCACCUCUUCUCCUACCUUUCUUGCCCUGGCCAUUCUCUUUCAAGCCCGGACCCAGCGCCUCAGGAAGCCCUCAAAAGCGAUCUGAGACACAGACACCGCAGAAGUGGUAUGCCACAUACUUGAGCAUUGCAGGCUACUCCUCCUUGACCUUGGCGGCCCUGGUCAUCGUGCACUUCAACACUAUCAUCCACCCUUUCACGCUGGCGGACAACAGGCACUACAUGUUUUACGUGUUCCGGUACACCAUACUCCGUGGGCCGUGGGUGCGCUAUGCCCUCGUCCCGGCUUACGUCCUAUGUUGGAGCAUCUGUUGGAAAGCGCUCGGAGGGUAUCAUCCCACACACGAAGCCGUGGAUUCCGCCAGGGAGGAUGCACACAAGCAGGAGAGUGAGAGUAAGAAGUCCCGCACGAAAAAUGUCAAGAUCAAAGACUCGCACACGGAUGCCGUUCUCUCUGUCGACCCCCCAACGCUCUCGACAUCCCUCCUCUGGCUCCUCGCCACCGCGCUUUCCCUCAUCACCGCGCCGCUCGUGGAACCAAGGUACUUCAUCAUGCCAUGGGUAUUCUGGCGGCUCCUCGCCCCCGCAUGGCCCGCUUACAUACCCUUGGUGUCAUCGAGGAGAAGUGAGGGCGGUCCGGGCCACCUGGUGGACUUACUGCUAUCGAUUGGCCAGAAGUUCGAUCUGCGCCUGUUCGUGGAAACGGCUUGGUUUCUGGUGGUACAUUUGGCCACGGCGUAUAUGUUCAUCGCCAGGCCGUUCUACUGGAGGGCUGAGGAUGGCUCAUUCCUCGAUGGGGGCCGCGUUCAGAGGUUCAUGUGGUAG